UAGAUGGCACUAGUUUAUUCUUUGAAAAAAAUAAAACAAACAUUCCAGCAUGGCUCAAUCGUCGGUCCACGAAAUACUUUUGAAACGAUUCGGUCGGAAUCCUAUCGAAGGUGAUUCCGGUGAUGACAAUAGGUUAGAGGAAUUCAAAUUCGAACGCGUUCUGCGAAUCGAUUCGAAACGUAAACAAGUUUGCAUGGAAUGUAGUUACCAACAACGAGCGGCCGUUUUGAUUUUGGAAAAGAAUCCAUUUGAUGAACAGUUAUUGUCGAAAAUUGGCGACAAUUUCAACCAGGUCAUUAAACGAUGUACGAAUUUGUUUCGCAAUGACAUCUAUGGUUCGUAUCUGGUCAAUCUCAUCUUGGAUGACGGAGAACAUGAUGCAUUACUCAACAAAAUAUUCAUGACCAUCAUCCAUCCGGCAUCGCCCAAAGACAUUGAAAAAUACAUCGAUCAUCCCCAUCGAAUGAUUGCCGAAACGGCCGAUAUGUACGAACGAAUCACCAAACCUUAUAUCGAACAACAAGUUUCAACACCGGGCCAUCUUCAAUGGCUGUACAAUGUUCUGGACGGUAAAGCAGAAACCGAUCGCAUUAUCCAUUCGGACAAUGAUUUCAUAUUGGCCAACGAUAUGAAGUGGAAUGCCACCAAUGACCAAUUGACCGAUAUGGAAAAACAAUCCAUCUAUUUGAACGCCUUGAUUCGACGACGAGAUCUUCGUAGCCUAAGAGAUCUGAAUGCUGAUCACCUGCCAUUGUUGCAAUCGAUUUACGAACGAGGUCGACAAGUCAUCUGGCAACGGUACGGCAUUCCGGUGGAUCAGUUGCGAGUGUUCAUCCAUUAUCAACCAAGUUUCUAUCAUGUUCAUGUACAUUUCACUCAUAUCCUGAACGAACAACGUGGAUUUCAAUGCGAACGAGCUCAUCUCAUAACAACCGUCAUGGAAAACAUUGGUCUGAUGAGGGAUUAUUAUCAAAAAGUCACAUUACAUUAUCCAUUGUCGGAUGCAUCAAUGCUUAAAUUUGAUUGAAAUUUAUUUCCAUUUUCCCUUCAUAGAAAACUCUCCUAACAUGUUUCUUUUGUAUUAAAUAAACGACUAGAAUGAUGUUGCCAAAA